AUGCAACACUGGGGAGGGAUAAUUGAUUCCAAUUGGAUUGAACCAGGGCGUUACUAUGGACAGGAUAUUGGACACUAUGAGCAUGAUGUUGGGUCUUCCGCUGCAAGUGCAAGAGGAUUAAUGCAUUACAACAACCUACCUGCAUUCGAGCUCAAUGGAGGAAAUGGUAUCUUGUCAAAAUAUGGUGGAUAUGAUAACUUCAUUCAUAAUCGGAAUUUUGAUCAAGAUAAGAUGUUCAACCUUUCCAUAAUUGGAUUGAUUACACAAUGUUUAACAACAAUUCGCUUGGAAAGACUCGAAGGAGUACAAAGCACGGCUGGUAGUCUGAUGAAAUCAGCAGUUGAGAGCUUAAUAGCAUUCUAUGGAAGAGAUCUCAUGACACUGGUGGUAAGAGACAUUGGAGAAACCACUGCGGAGUUUGAUAUUAUAGCUAGGAAAAAUCAAGGAACAGCUUGUCUUGCAACUUUGAAGAGAAUUCUCAACUCGGAACGUGGCGGAGAAACUUUUCCAGAUUUAGAUUUCCAUUUGGUCAGGGAUUCACUUUAUGCACUACAAGUCCUUCACGAUCAUGGUUUGAUUGCACAGACCGAAGUGAAAGGUUUUUUCUGGGAGGCCCCAGGAAUAAUCAAAUCGGUUGGGGAAUACUUUGUUCACAUUUAUGGAGAACAAUAUCCUAACUUCUCCAGGUUUGAAAACUUCAUACCUGAUAUGGAUUUCUUAAAAAGCAACAGUCAAACUUUAACCCAACAUUGGUGGCUAGAAAAUUCUAAGCAAGAUGAUUUGGAGGAUGUGUUGGGUUAUCUGCUAGAUUUGCAACACAAAUCAACAAAUAACAGUGUGGAAGAGAGCUCAACACAGAGCCUAUUCAAAUAG